AUAAGUUUUUUGUUGGUUUUGGUGGGAAAGGAGCCAACCAAUGUGUCCAGUCUGCUCGACUUGGGGCCAAGACCUCGCUGAUCUGCAAGCUAUAAAUUUAAGCAUGGAGGAGGCUGUUUAAGAACACUGCCAGAACCAAAGACUAGUUGGCUACAGAUCUGACAGAAAUUGCAUAUAGAGAAGGAUUGCAAAACUUAGGUUGAUAUGCCAUGGAAAAGAGAAUUGGGAAGAGUUAGACGUGUUCAAAAUUUAAGAAAUCUUGAUUAGGCCUUCCUCUUUAUGUUCCCCACUGUUACAGCGAUCAGCAUUUCAUUGAUGGCAUUCAGGUGCUAGAAGCUACGGUUGCUCUGAAAUUUACUUUGUAGAUGAUUAAAAAUCUGAUACUCACAAGCCAGUGACAAAUUUGAGAAGGAAUGUAAAAGUGCUUUGAGGGUUGAAUCAUUAUGUCAUUACUUGAGGUUAAGAAAGUGAUCAUUUCCAAAUUCUAGCACCUUUGUGUGCUGUGGGAUAUUUUUGCCUACUUUUCUGAAGCAUCUGAUGUACUGCAGCUCUAAAGACUUGCUCAAGGACCAUUGGACUGAUUCAGCUUGGCAGAUGCUAUAUUCUUACAAUGCUUUUCUUUGAUUUUUGUCAUUAAACAUUAUAAGUUUUGAGUGAUCAUUACUACGGUUAAGAUCAAAUUUUUUCUCUCUGUAGUCUUUAUUGUCUAUCCUGUGCUAACUGUAGAUGAAACUUCAAAUUGACUGGACAUACUUUGUUUUUUGCCAUAGCUGGGGAGGAUGCUAAAUUUGUUGGAUCAUUGUCUGUCAAGGAUUUUUUGAGAAGUACUGCAAACAUCUCAAGGAAGCCUUCCUCACUGUUCUUUCAAUUCAAUAUUUAGACUAAAUAAUGCUGGCUAUAAAUUUAAAUUACACCUGAAAGCAUUUCUGUGAGUUAUUAUCACUAGUUGUUCUACAGUGUGGGGUUGGGUUUUUUUGGCAAUGUUUGCACUUCUGUCAUAUUAUGUAUAUUUCAUCAUCUUUGCAUUCAAGAACGAUCAGAUUCAAAUACAAGAUCAACUGGCAGUGAAUUCCCUUAUAACAUUUCCUGCUAAAUGUUAAAGGGUUUUUUUCCAUUGCAAGUGUGAAUUUUGCUUAAUUUUUUUUAAUGGUCUAGCCCUUUGCUCGGUGCAAUGGAAACAUACACAUUCAUAAUAAAAUUUAGUAGCUACUAUAUUUUCUAAGUACUUUUCAAUAACAUAUUUCUGUUAUUUCAGUAAAACCCAGUCUUCUUUCUUUCUGUCUUUCCAUCUUUCUGUCUCUCUGUCCGUCUGUCUCUUUCUCCUGUUUUCUCUUUCUUUCUCUUGUGUAUUUGUUGGAGAAAAUAUUAGCAUUUUCUAUUUUUUUAAUUUUGAAAGUUGUUAUUUUUAAAAAUUGCACUUUAUAGCCUCACAAAAUACUAUCUCAUCUCAUAGAAGUCUCAUAUACAGUCUUAUAUCUGCAUAGGUUAAUGAGAUAUAAAAUUUCUUGCUUAAUAAACUAUGAAGAAUCUGGCAAUAACGAGCCUCUGCAAUUACAUUAUUUUUACUGCAACAACUAAUCAGAAGUUGGUUCUUUAAGCUGGAUUGCCUCUACAUACAUACUCUGUGCUCAGUUACAUGCUUCUGUUUUGGUCAUAUUUCCCAACAUUUUUUUAUCUAGUGUGGAUGCAAAAAUUACUUCUACAAUCUGAAGUUCAGAAAAUGGAAUCAGUAUUAAUAUUAAAGGGACAUUCUGUUGGAGUGUGGCAUCCUCUUAGUACGAGUGUAAUUUAGACAGAGGAUGUCCUCAAGAAGACUGGAGAUUGACAUCUCAGAUCAAGUGACAAGGAAUUCUUCAUAUCUCAGAGCUUUAAAACACAAGAGUCAGUGUUUGGUUGGGAGUGAUUCCUUUGGCAAUGAUUAUGUUGAUAAUUUGAAGAAGAAUGGUAUUUCUACAGCAUUUGUAGGUCAAACUACAGAUGCUGCUACUGGAACUGCUUCAAUAAUUGUCAACAGUGAAGGACAGAAUGUUAUUGUCAUAGUCCAAGGAGCCAACCUGCUUUUAAAUUUUGAAGACCUGAAGAGGGCUUCUGAUGUCAUCUGUAAUGCCAAAGUGGUUGUUUGCCAGCUAGAAAUAACCCCUGCUGUUUCUCUUGAAGCUCUGAAAAUGGCACGUGCCAGUGGAGUAAAGACGUUGUUUAAUCCAGCUCCAGCCCUUGCUGACCUAGAUCCACAGUUUUAUACCUAUUCUGAUAUCUUCUGCUGCAAUGAAACUGAGGCAGAAAUUUUAACGGGCAUCCCAGUUGGCAACCUUGAAGAUGCUGAAAAGGUGGGACGCAUGCUGUUAGAAAGAGGGUGUAAGCUCGUAAUUGUUACUCUUGGAGCAGAAGGCUGCAUGAUGAUAUCAGGAGACGAACCCAUUCCAAAGCACGUUCCUGCUGGGAAGGUCAGGGCUGUGGACACUACGGGUGCUGGAGACAGUUUUGUGGGAGCACUGGCAUUCUACCUGGCCUACUAUCCCAAGUUAUCCAUGGAGGAAAUGAUCAGGAAGUCUAACUGCGUUGCAUCAGUGAGCGUCCAGGCACCGGGGACACAGUCUUCAUAUCCUUACAGGAAGGACUUGCCUCAGGACCUUUUCUAAUUGAUUGUCUAGCUUGUUGUACUGAUUUUAUCUCAUACCAGACAGCAUUAUUCUCCUGACUGCACUGAGGUUCUCCUCUGCUGACUGGAAAGGCCAGCAGAGUCUCUUUGCUUCUUAUUUCAGGAAUCCAGUGUGUUCCUGUUCUACAGCAGUAAGAUGGGGUGUGGGUGGUGGGUCUUUCAAAGAGAGCUCAGCAAGUCUCUCUGGCCCCACACAACCCUGUGGCUGUCCCACACAGUGUGCUCUACUGAACUACAUGAAGUUUAUAGCAAAACACCUGGAGGGUAUUGGGCUCCUGACAAUAUUUGUACUUGAUUUUAUCAGAACUGCUUAUGUGAAAUGGCAGCACAUGAAGCAGAGCAUUAGCUUUGAGACUACAACUUUCAGUGCUCAAACACCAAAGCCAGUGUUUGGCUCACAACAAAGCCCUGUAUAUCAAGCCUGGGGCCACCUGUGCCCACGUGCCUCAGGUGUGGCACUGCACUCUCUGCUUCCCCACACUCAGGAAGGUCCCUCCAGCUGCAAAUAGGACAGGACUGCUACUGAGGUUGACUUUGAAAAAUGUUUCUAGCCACAUUGCUCUGAACACAGGCAAGCUAAUGAAGGAAAAAAAGCUUACAAGAACAUCAGAGAACUACCUUGUCUGUUUUCUUCAUGUUUGACAAAAACCCAGGAAUGAAAAAUCCAUCCUAUUAACCUGGCUGAAAAUAAUACAGGCCUUUAACCAUGUUAAUAGCUUAUUCAAAAACUCAUUUAGGUUCCAAUUCCGUCUUUCCUCAGAAGGAGCUGGUGCAACAUUACCCCUACAAGUAAUGACACCAGCUCGUGGUCACUAAUGUCGCAUCUGUGGCUGGUAGGUUAGAAAAACUUGCAAUCCUGCCAUUGAAUUCCUGCUGUGGAAAAUGUUAAUUUUUAUUGCUUUAUAAAACAAUAGUUCCUUUGAAGAUUACAGCCUCUUUCACAAUAGAAAACACAGACAAUGGGAUUUGCUAUUUAAUUUUUUUUAAUUGAGCACUGUAAAAAUAACUCAAAAGAUAAAUAAAUGUUACUGUGAUGAUCUA